ACUGCCUCACUACAACAGCAAUACAACAGCUGAGAAAGCAGACAGACCAUCACCCAUCUCAACAAUGAAGUCAGCAGCUCUCCUCGCACUUCUGGCCGUCCUGCUCUUCGUAGACGUGAGAGGGCAACGGGAUUCUGUGGGAAGAUGCAAGUGCCUGGGUGCAGGAGUGAAUGCUAUCCGCCCAAAAAGUAUUGAGAGGCUUGAGGUGUUACCCCCGUCCGCCUCAUGUCCCAAUAUGGAAAUCAUUGUCACUCUCAAGGAGAAUGGUGGACAAAAGUGCCUGAAUCCAGAGAGCAAGUUUGCCAAAAAUUUCGUCAAGAGAGCUAUCAAAAAGAGGAGCACACAGUAAAUUCUACUGGAUCUCUGAUUCUAGAAGCAGCUAAUAAUGAAAAAAGCACUUUAUUUCUCUACACAAGAGUACACCUUAGAGACGCCUAAUCUUUUUAUAACAUGGAUGUUAUCUCAGAGUACUUUUAUAUUUAUUUACUUGUUAAAUUCGGGAUGUCUGUUCCUGUCUGGUGUCUGUUUGGUGAAAUGUUGUUUCAAUUUGUUAAAUGUUUUUUUUUGAAGAUAUCUAUACUGAAAGGUGAAAUAAUGUAUACCAUGCUGAACUUUUACAUCUGUAUUUGUAUUAUGUUGGAAAAAAUUAAGAAAAUAAAACUUAA